CUGCCACUUUAGACGUACGAGGUGUUGUACUCGAUGGUUCUUCUCCUCUUGCCGGUCUGGAGCACUUCUCCCACCUCCAGCACUUCCUUGGAGCGGCUGCUUCUUCCCAAAGCUUCCUGGAGCUCCACGGGGAACCACCCACGCUGACGUCAUCGCUUUACACCCGCAGGGCACCAGGGUGCACUCCUCGGCGUGCUCGCAGACGACUCCCAGCCGAACCCCUGCAGGAGGUCACCAGUGCCGGCCCGGGUUUGACGGUCAUCAUGUCCACCUCGGCCCCCAUGAACCUCGUCCGCAAAAUCCCCCAACCGCCGACGGCCGUGCUAGUGGCCGUAAAAGUGCUUUUGUGCAUCAUCCCAAUCGCCCAGAUCGCAAUGGGCGCGGCGCACCUGGACGACUGCCCCCGCCAGCACUACAUUCCCGUUUACCUGAUCGUGGUGGGCGUGGCCUUGUCGCUGCUGGUGCUUGUGACGGGCCUGCCUUGCGCCCGCGUGCCCAAAGACGGCCCCCCGAACCCCUUCUGCUGGGUCAGCCUGGGCUGGAACUCUCUGCUGGCGGUUUUCCUCGUUUCCUGGUUCGUCGCCGGCAACGUGUGGAUCUACUCCAUCUACAAGCCCAACUACCACAAGAACGUCACGAGCGCCGAGCCCUACUGCGACAAAACGCUCUACCUGUUCGCCUUCUGGACCACGACGCUGGUCUACAUCGUGGUGGGUCUGUUCGUGGCCCUCGGACUCGUAGUCCUGGUCUGCCUCUACAUGUGCGGCCAGGCCGACCCCGACGACUACAUCUAGAAGCCCGAAGCCCGAGACCGCCGAGUAAUGAGCUGAGUCGCUUAAUUGAUCUUUUCUGGAGAAGUAACACUUUGUGACAAUGUUUUAUAUAUAUAUUUUGGUAUUAUUUUGCUGGUGUGAAUCGGGUACAACGUCCCUCAUUUAUUGGGGUGGCGGGGGUUACAUUUCAUAAAACACCCGCAAUAAAUCAAAUCUGCAAAGUAGCGACCAAUUAUUUAUUGUAUGGAAAUGAGCCACGU